CCUCUGUCACUCCCGCCCACGUGGAGGUGGAGGAAGAGGGGGCGGGAGCAAGGGGCGGGCACCCUCCCUUCGACCUGACCUGGGACAGUUUCCCUUCCGCUCACAUCUGCCUCAGCUUGAGCAGCGGAGGCGGCGGCCGGCGGCACUGCUGGGGCUGCUCCAGGCAUGCAGAUCCCACAGGCACCCUGGCCGGUCGUCUGGGCGGUGCUACAACUGGGCUGGCGGCCAGGAUGGUUCUUAGAAUCCCCGGACAGGCCCUGGAAUCCCCCCACCUUCUCCCCAGCCCUGCUCCUGGUGACCGAAGGAGACAACGCCACCUUCACCUGCAGCUUCUCCAACGCCUCGGAGAGCUUCGUGCUGAACUGGUACCGCAUGAGCCCCAGCAACCAGACGGACAAGCUGGCUGCCUUCCCCGAGGACCGCAGCCAGCCCGGCCAGGACUGCCGCUUCCGCGUCACACAACUGCCCAACGGGCGCGACUUCCACAUGAGCGUGGUCAGGGCCCGGCGCAAUGACAGCGGCACCUACCUCUGCGGGGCCAUCUCCCUGGCCCCCAAGGCGCAGAUCAAAGAGAGCCUGCGGGCAGAGCUCAGGGUGACAGAGAGAAGGGCAGAAGUGCCCACAGCCCACCCCAGCCCCUCACCCAGGCCAGCUGGCCAGUUCCAAGCCCUGGUGGUCGGUGUCGUGGGCGGCCUGCUGGGCAGCCUGGUGCUGCUAGUCUGGGUCCUGGCUGUCAUCUGCUCCCGGGCUGCACAAGGGACCAUAGAAGCCAGGCGCACCGGCCAGCCCCUGAAGGAGGACCCCUCGGCCGUGCCUGUGUUCUCUGUGGACUAUGGGGAGCUGGAUUUCCAGUGGCGAGAGAAGACCCCGGAGCCCCCGGCACCCUGUGUCCCUGAGCAGACGGAGUACGCCACCAUCGUCUUUCCUAGUGGGCUGGGCACCUCGUCCCCGGCCCGCAGGGGCUCAGCCGACGGCCCUCGGAGUCCCCGGCCACUGAGGCCUGAGGAUGGACACUGCUCUUGGCCCCUCUGACCGGCUUCCUUGGCCACUGGUGUUCUGCACACCCUCCACCGUGAGCCCAGGUCAGCGCCUUCCCUCAGGAGAAGCAGGCACGGUGCAGGCCAUUGCAGGCCGCCCAUGGGCUGAGCUGCGUAGGGGCGACGGGCGCACCAGUCUGCACCUGCACCAGCCCCACCGGGCAUAGCCCUGCCAGGCACAGCCCCACCACAGAACUCAUGUCUCAGUGCCCACAGUGAGCCCAGGCAGCAGGUGCCACCACCCCCUACAGGGAGGGCCAGAUGCAGUCACUGCUUCAGGUCCUGCCUGCACAGAGCUGCCUGUGCCCAGCUCCCUGAAACUCUGCUGCUGCUGCUGCUGCUGCUGCCUGCGGCCCGGGGCUGAAGGUGCUGUGGCCCUGCCUGCCGCCCCCGGAGCCUCCUGCCUGAACUCGGGGGCUGGCUGGAAACUGCCUUGGAGCAGCCAAGGUGCCCCCGGCAGCAGCAUCCCGAGACGCCCUGGAUGCAGGGUCCAAGACUGGGCACAGGGGUAGGAGGUGCAUAGGGCUGGGGGCUCCCUGGGAGUCAUUUGCUCCCCACAGGCCUAGAGAAGUUUUCAGGGAAGGCCAGAAGAGCUCCUGGCUGUGCUGGGCGGGGCAGGAAACCCCUAGACCUUCACACAUGCCCAGGCAGCAUCUCAGGCCCUUUGUGGGGCAGGGAAACUGAGGCAGUAAGAGGGCAGGCAGAGCUGGAGGCCCUUCAGGCCCAGUCAGCACUCUGGCCUCCCGCCACCCCAUGCCACCCCAGCCCCUCACACCACUCAGGAGAAGGAUAUCCUAGGGUCCCAAGGUCAGGAGGGCAGGGCUGGGGCUGACUCAGGCCCCUCCCAGCUGUGGCCACCUGGGUGUUGUGAGGGCAGAGGUGCAGGCACCCAGGGCCCCCCCAUUUGCCCAACGUGGGGGUUGUCCUUGGCACCCAUUCACGAAAUUAUUUAAAGGAGUUUGGCCAGGCUCCCACCAGGGCCUGGGUGGGAAGGUACAGGCGUCCCCUCCUCGGCCUAGUACCCCCACCGCGGCCUGGCCAUUCCUCACAUCCACACACUGCACCCCCACUCCUGGGGCAGGGCCACCAGCUUCCAGGCGGCCAGUGGGCACCUGAGUGGCUGGGACAAGGGACCCCCCUUCCCUGUGGUUCUGUUAUAUUAUAAUUAUAAUUAAAUAUGAGAGCAUGCUAAAGAGUUCUGUCCUGUCAGGCGGCUGUGGGGGCCAUGGGCAGGAGGGAGGGAGGCCUCCAGGGAGGGGCCAGGCUGCAGCCAGGCUGAGGCUUCGCGUAGAGAGUGCUGGCGGCUACCCUGGAUCCUGGCCUGAGUCAGGCCUUUCCCUCGCUGUCCCAGAAACACACAGGCCCUCCUCGCCCUGUUUGCCCCACGCACACAUAC